CAAGUCCUUUCAUGGCUACUCACAGGGUUUUUAGUGUCCUCUUCUUUGCUUUAAUGGGCUUAGGCAUAUGCUCUGCCGCCAGGGUCCUCCUCACUUUUGAGGAAGGAACUGGUUCUAGCUAUGGCACUGGCCAUGGCAUUGGUGGUGGCGCUGGCUAUGGAGCAGUAGGGGACCAUGGUGCUGUGGGAUAUGGUGGUGGAGGUGGAAGCGGCAUUGGUGGUGGCUAUGGAGCUGGUGGAGAACAUGGCGGUGGUUAUGGAGGCGGCAGCGGUAGUGGUGGUGGCGGUGGUGGUGCCUAUGGAGCUGGAGGAGAGUAUGGUGGUGGCUAUGGAAGUGGAGGUGGCGGUGGUAGCGGUGCUGGAGGAGAACAUGGUGGUGGUUAUGGUGGAGGUGGUGGUCAUGGUGGUGGAAUUGGUUAUGGUGCUGGUGGGGAACAUGGUGAUGGUUAUGGCGGCGGUGAAGGAGCAGGCAGUGGCGCUGGUGGAGACCAUGGUGGUGGUGGUGGUGGUGGUGGUAGUGGAGGUGGUGGCGGCAUUGGUUAUGGUUCAGGGGGAGCGUAUGGAGGUGGCUAUGGUAGCGGUGGAGGAUCUGGCGGAGGCAUUGGUGGUGGAGGUGGAGGUGGAGGUGGAGGUGGAGGUGGAGCUGGUGGUGCCAGAGGAUAUGGUGGCGGUUCUGGGGGUGGUGGUGGAGGUGGCCAUGGUGGUGGCUACCCCAACAUCCCAUGAGAAAAGCUUCAGAUUGUCUAGGAUUAUUAUAUCUGUUUACUACUUAAUUACUCUUCAUAAUUCGAUUUUGGGUAGGGAGAAAAAUUAGUAAACUUUAAGUGAGAGAGCUUAAUGAUCUUGUUGUAAGAGAUGUGCUAUAUAUUAAGUUGAUAUUAAGACUGUUAAUUUGGUCGGUUCUAUGUGUUAA